CAACAACUACAGGAUGUGGUCAAACGCUGCAUAGCCGCUGAACCGAAGUACGGUGAACUGUGGGCCCCAACCGCAAAGAAUGUGAAGAAUUACAAACUCAAAACUAAAGAUAUCUUAUUACUGGUCGUAGAGCAGUUGGAUGAGAAGUUAGUCAUAUGA